UUAUAUAUUCACUCUUUAAAACUAUAACUAACUGUGCAUUUAAUUUAAUAUACUAAAAAUAAAAAAAAAAUACUGAAGUAAAGCUUUGAAGAAAAUUAACACCAAAUGUGCCAGCAAUAAUCCCAAGUGUGUUGCACAGUCAAAUAUUGACAGCUGUCACCUGUCGCAAAGUCGUGGAAGUUGUCGGUGUUGCAGCUGCUGCCAACAGUGUUGUCACCGCCUGCACCAACGAACCAACUACCCCCACCUAUCUUCUCUGCGCCGAACACUAUUUGUUAGUUGUUGCAUAUUUUUGCCGGUAACUCGAGUAAGUACUCAAACAUUCGUAUUACACGUUGUAUCUCCAGCAUCCGGUCAGACCCCCUCGGCGUACAUUCAGCCAGUCAGCUGGGAAACAGUACCGCAGUAUCGGUUUGUGUUUGUGUCUCGUUGUGCUUCAUUUUACGUUGCAGUUGUUGAAUUUAAUCCACAACAUUGUAAAUUAUAUAAAAACUCAAAAAAGGAAGCAGAAACUACUUACAACAAGUAUGCGAAUAAAUUUAUUACAAUUCAUCAACCUCAAGUGAGCAACAAAAAACAAAAGCAAAAAAGUUAAUUAUCAUAUUCGCCAGAGUCGCAUUGCGCUCACCCGGCCCUUCGUCGGCUCUGUUUUCGGUUAAUUUGUUGUGACGGCUGCACUGCGGUGCCAACGAGACAGACGCCUGAGGCCAAAGUUGGUUACUUUUGCCCUUAUCAGCGGAUCGAAGGCCACAAAUGGAAAUUACUAUAGCUAGCAAAUGUGGUUUAAAGUGAAGAAUUAAUGUCGAAAUUUGCGUUAAAUUGUGCAAGUGUUGAGUGGUGAACGAUAAGAAAGAAUUGUUUAAGAGCAAAUUACUCACAAGUGUACAGAAAUACAUACCUACUUUUACGAUAAUAUUAAUGUUAAAUGUCAGUGUAUUUAUACAUAUUUUAGCAGUAAAAUCAAAACCAAAUAAGUGUAUUUUAAGAAAUAAUUUCCUGGAAAGCAGCAAGUAUUUCACGACACUUUGAUGAAUAGGAGCACGUAAAUGGGAUAAGAGUUUAGAAUUUCCAAAGAGUCGACCGACGACUACGACGACGUGUUGGGCCACUGCACCCGCUGUCUACAGCAAGAAGCCAACGAGCGAGCGAGCACCAGCCGCACAAUUGAAGAAGACGCGCCACUAAAAUCCAUAAAGGCACAAGUGUUUUUUUCGGUGGGCGCAGCAAAGGGAGCGAGAAAUUCGAGCAGCCGCAAAGUGUAGGGGACGAAGAGGCGCGUGAACAAACAAAUAGAGUCGCAGUCAAAAUAAAAAUUCUUCAUGAAGAAAAAAGUAUUUAUAAGCAAAUAAAUCGAAUGGCAGAGCGCCUGCAGUCGCCGCAAUCCGGGUAAACAAAGCACAAACUUCGACUUCACAGCUGGUUAUUGCUGAAUUUGAUAUUCUGACAUUGGGAGCAGACGGCGCGAACUAGAGCCAUUGCCGUUGCUUGUUGCUUGCUGUAAGCGUAAAUGCGUGCGUGAGUGCGCGUGUUAUCGAAAAUUUGCUAACUCCUUUGCAGGCACUGCCACUUUGCAUAUGUAGGCGAGUGGGCUGUGGGCCGCUGCAACCGCGAGCGUUUCGACAACGACGACGUUAAUGAUGCAAAGGCAUAUAAAAUUCAACCAAAGCAAUUUGUACUUGAAAAUCGCGCGCGAGUAAAAUCCGUGAAAUUGAAUUCGUGCCUAUCAGUCGAAAGAUGUUGAGAAGAAGAAGAAGAGAUGCGCGUAUAUCCGCCGGUUAGUUCUCAGUUGCAAGUACAUAUAUGUAAUUAUAUAGUGAAAAAUCUAACUUAUUACAUCGCGCGAGUUGUUAAAACGAAUUGAAAUUGUUUCGUGAUUCGCUUAGUGAUUAUGUGCAGCCGCGCCAGCAACAACAAAAGCAAUACUAUUCGAGGUGAUUACAUAGAAAAGUAGUCCUACGUGCAAUUAGCCAUUGGUCGUGGCGGAAAUUUAGAAGAAAACUAAUUUUUUUUACUAAUCGAUCGGGCGCGCGUAACAAAAUAAAAACGCGCGAAAUAGAAAGAAUUGAAUUGGUAGCAGCGCAUAAUUGGCAAAAACGGCCGACCGGAAAGUUAAGAAGGCACCGAGGCGAGGCACAGGAAGAGCACAAGCAGCAAUAGCCCCAGCACGAUGUUGGCCGGCAUAAGGAAGCGUUUGGCGCGCAAAACGCUUGACAUAAAAGAAGAAGAUGAUGAAAAAGACGACAUACAGGCCUUUUCGCCACCAACGAAUUAUAUAACAAUAUCUCAAGGAAAAAUUCAGCUAGUACACCAACAGCGAUCGCAGGAUAGUGAUAUAUCCGAUGCACAAAGUCGCAAAGAUCGGAGUCAUUGCGUGUCGCCGACUUUCGAGAAGGAGCUUCGUGAACAAUUGGAUAACAUGAAUCGUGUGAUAAAAUCAAAAGAACGUAAGCAAAAACAAACAUGUCCGGGGCACAAAACACUACAGACCCGCAUAACCCACCAAGAAAGUCUCUUACGUUCUAUGCAACAGGAGAAUUAUACGCUGAAACGUAGCAUACGUCACUAUGAGCGCUGUUUAGACGAUGUUAUGCGAAAAGUGGUGGACGCCAUUGUCGCCGAAGAUAUACUCCGCGAGGAGGUCACCAUGCUUAAGAAUCGUGUACGCGACUUGGAAGCGCAAAACGCUGCGCUUUCAGCCAGUCCUGCCAAGGGACGCGACGAAGGUUAUUGUACAAUGAGCAGUGGGCAGCCGCAGCCGUCGAAUGGGCAUCUGGAAGAUUUGCCAGAAGAGCCGGAGCAAUGGCUGUUACCCGCCGAACCGUGUUCGACUGAAAUGGAAGACUGGAGCAUGUCGCAAGAGGAGUUGCCCGUAGUGACGCUGGACGAUGAGCAUCAAAACCUGCGCGGCGGGCGUUUGAUAACAAACCUACGAAGGCCAAACGGUGAAAAUGAUUGGAUAUGGAACUCGAAUGAUUUCCUAACUUCUACUACGGCGGAAACGGACUCUGAGUCAGAGGCGAUCUCGCAAUUGUUGCAACAAAAGAUCGUUUACUCCGAAGAUGAAGACAUUGCGCGCACUGAGUUCACCAACGAGUUCUACAAGCUGGUCGAUAUACGUUCUGCCUCGGCGCGCAGUCUAUUUUCCUACAUAGAAGGCGAGACAGACGAUGAGGAUGACGACGAUGAGGAUGCAGCGUCCAGCCUGUCUGAACGACGCGUGCGCCUGCGCUGCAAGCCAACGCUAAAUGGCAACAGACUGAAAGCGCCCAGCCCAACGCCAAGCGAAGCGGGACGUGCGCAAGUGACCAGCUGCUCAUCCAGCGAAUCAGACGAACACUCGCCUUGCACGGCGACGCAACACGAACUGAAUGGCAGUGUAGUCGAAGGCAGCAUCGAAGAGGAGAUGGACACACAGUUGUGUGGCAACGAAAACAGUGAUAUCGAAAUCGAAGACAUACAACUAGAACCAGAGGUGUUGCACAAGCUUAACGAGCAAGAAUGCAUUGAAGCAAUAAUACGCACGGAACUGCGUAGACCCGUAGUAGCUGCAGCGGCAGCGCAUCCAAUGGUCAAAUCUAAAUCGAUGAUGCACAAAACCGAAAGCGAGCUAAAUGGUCUCAAUGGACUGCUGCGAAACGGUGCAACGGUCGUAGACGGCAACAAUGGCAGGCCGCCGCGUGUGGUGCGCAGCGAAAGUGUUGGCGGCAGUCCCAGCAGCAGUGGCAGUAGCGGCGGCAGUGGAGGUAGUGGUAUGAGUCGUGGUUCUGUGAGUGCGCACAAAUUGCAGCAGCGAUCUGUCAACUCUUGGCGCAAAAGCAGCGGUUGGAAGCGCGUCGUGACGCCGACUAGUUCGCCCACAGCGCCGUUGUCACCGAAAAAGGAAGUGAAAACGGAGAUUGUGCGCAACGGUGUCAGCGCAACGCCAAAAAUACCGCCAACGCGUAUACCAACCAGCGUACAACAGCAAUUGUCGCCGCCAUCGCCCAAGCAAAACCAAAGCGCGCCAAUACAAUUUGGUGAAACGCAACAACAGCAGCAGCAGCAGCAGCUAUUGCAACAACAACAACCGAUACGAAAAUCGAAAAUUCCUCCACCAGUUCCCGUGCGACGUUCUUAUGCGAGCUAAAAAACAGAAAUGCAAGGCUACAUAAUGAUAAUAAAAUUAAGUAUUGAUGAUGUUAUAAAACGAUAUAUACCGUUACGGUUUAAACGAAUCCCAAAAGUUAAUUAAUUUAAGCAAAAUUAUUAAAAAAGACUUAUAUGUGAUAUUUGAGCGAAGAAAAAGAACGCAAAAUAGAUGUAAAAAGGUAAACAAACAGCACCGCAGAAAACGCAAACAUAUUGCUGAAUCGAAGUGUGGAAGAAACAUAAACGUAACACCAAAAUAUAAACUGCCUAAUCUACAAAAAAAAAAUAUAACAAAAUAACCAUAACACUAUUAAAUUAACAUUUACUUAUUAUUAACAUUUUGGCACAAAAAUAAAAUCAGGUAUAACUUUUGCAGCGUUUGUAAAAAUUACUAGCCACUCAAAAAUUUACGAAAAUUGUAAAAUGUAAAUUUACACUGCCUGCAAAAUGUCUGUACUACAAGUUAUUAAACGUAUUUUAUAGUUUGGCAAUCAACUAAAGAUUUGAUAUACUUACAUAUUUAUAAGUAUGUAUAUAUGUACAUACACAUGUAAAUUCAUAUACAUACGUAUAUGUAUAUGUAGAUCGUACUUUAGAUUAGUGGUUUCUACUAUUUUCACCACACUCCCCCUACUGGUGGGGAGUGCUCACAUUUGGUUGCAGAAUAGCGAAAGCCAGCGGAGUAACAAAUACAACUUCCAACUCACACAAAUACUUAUCAGUUUAUUCCAAAAUCGUUUGUUAUAUGCUGGAACACGGGAUAGUAUGCCAAGUGGAAGCGACUCGUUGGUUAUAUUCGAAGCGAAAUUACUAUUGAAUAAGUAUUGUAUGCAGAAAUACAAAGUUUGAUG